AUGACCGUUUUUUGGAUUCAUCUUCUUCUACUUGUAGUUGUUGUAGCUGGCAAAAGCAAUCUAAAACGACCAUCGUUUCCGGAUGAUUUGUAUCCAGCAAAUAUGACUCGCUUGGAGUUCCGUAAAAAGUGUUCUCUUCAAUCAAACAAAUUGGACUACUGCAUUCUACAGUAUAAAGCAUGCGUCGGAACAUUGACUACUGUGAGAAACUGCAAUGCUAGAUUCUGUUUAUGCACAAAAUCUACUGAAGACGAUUUGGAUGAAUUCGAUGAAGAAUGCUCCCAGAACGAUGCCUGCACUUCAGUUCAUAUAAAUGGUCCGUUCUAUAAGAAUAUAAUAAUAGAAGAGGAGACGAAACCAGCAAUGAAAAAUAUUGAGAAGCAUCUUAGACCGUUGUUUGAAGUUCAUCAAGUCGUUGCGAAAUCUUGCGAAAUCGAAUUGGAACUAGAAUUGGCUGAAAAGAAGAUGAUAGAAGAUUUCAACUCAACAACUCCUUUGCUGAAUUUAACAUUGAAACUCUUCGCUAUCGCGAACGUCGAACUUCACAAAACCGAAAAGUGUCAUGCUGCUUUGGAUCAAUAUAGAAAAGUACUAGAAGAUGUUGAUACCAAAACAGCCGGGAGUCUUCAUAUUCCCUACAAUCUCUGGUUUGUUGGGGCAGAAAUGGGCCCAAUUGGAAGAGUAGCAACAAGAAUCAUAGCAGAUGAAAUGUGCCAAAAAUCUUCCUUGGAAUUCAACCACCAGAGUGUUUCUCGUGUUGCUUGUUAUGAUCAACAGGACGGACAGAAAAAGUGCGAUGAGCUUUUUUCUAAGAAUGUUAAGCGAACUCUUUCAAUGUUGGACUCCAAAAAGAUAAGAUGCCAGAUGUUUGUUGAGUUAAUUGAAACACUCCAGUCAGCGCUGGCGGCCAAAUUCUAUUCAGAGGCAGCAGAAUAUGAUGUGGACCCGUCGACAGUUCAAAUUGGAGACAAGUUGUUUGAGAAAGGAUUCGAAGCAUCAGAAGAUCAAUCACUUACACAGAGAGAUACGAAAUCCAUAAUAAUCAGUUUGGAAUCAUCGACGAAUACAACUUCUCUCCGCGUGAAGCAGUAUUUCGAAAAAGUGUCGCUUGAAUGCGGUAACUCAAGGAAUUCUGCAGACGUCGUGGCUUCAUGCGGGUAUAUGUAUGCCAACUGUGUCCGGGAAAACAGAAAGAACUGCCAGAAGGAUCUUCCAAUCUGUUUGAAAGAUAUUGAUGGGAUGCGCCAAUCAUGCGAACAUGCAAUCAGCAAACUUUCUGAUCUCCUUUGGCCGUCUUCGAAAGAGACACGAGGAAUGGUUGCUCCUGUAUCGGUAGAUGAUACAGAAGAGUCGUCAUGGAGUAUUAUGAGCCCUACUAUUCAAUGGUCUCUCUUUUUCUUAGGAGUUUUUGCUUUCAUUGCGAUGAUGGUUCUUAUCAUCGUGAAAACUCCGAAAACAAGAGUAACCUGCAAGAAGUUUUGUGGAGAAAAUCAAACAGGCAACGAUAAUACACUGGAAGAUCAUGGAACCCUACUUCCGUCGGGCUCAGAAGCAGAAAUAGCGAUUUCGUCAAGUUCUGAUGUGAUUUCGUCCGUUUCGGAUUCAGGAAUCAGUUUGCCAAGUGCAGAUUCAGAAAAUUCAGGCAUUGAUAUUAACAAUGGUAACAUUCCUAUUAUUGAAUCGGCACUGAAUAAUAAUCAAGAUACUCUGACGAGUGGAGAUAUCAAAUCUGAAGUAGUUUCUAUUCGAGAAUUCCCAGCAGUUCUUAAAAGUUCUCCGUGA